GUGUCGCGGGGUGAUGACGUAAUUGUAGGACUUCAUGAACGCCAUGGCAGCUCAUGCUAGCGAGCUUGAGAUUGCAAAGAAAAAUUUAACGGAUGCAAUUGGCGAUAAUGUCAAGCAUUACUGGGCAAACCUGAAGCUGUGGUUCAAACAAAAAAUCAGCAAGGAGGAGUUUGACAUCGAGGCUCGUCGUCUUUUGGCACAGGAGAAUGUCCAUGUUCACAAUGAUUUUCUCCUGGCCAUUCUCACACGCUGCCAAAUAAUUGUGUCCACACCAGAGGGCGUAGGACCACUACAGUGGCAGGGAAGCUUGGCCUCAAAGCCUGGAAAACCAAAAGGAAAGAAGAAAUGUUCCUCCAGACAAAAAUUUGAUCAUCGUUUCCAGCCUCAGAACCCUCUGAGUGCCGCCCAGCCUUUCAGCCCCAGGGAGGUGGGAGGUGAGGAGGAGGAGAUGCGUCUCAGUGCCCACACCCUGUUGCUUCCCACGCGAGGCCAGCUGGAGGCGCGCAUGAUGGUGACGGCCUUUGAGCUGAACCUGGAUAACAUAACGGACGAUGCCGUCAGCAGCAUGAUCUACGCGGUCGAGCACCAUUUGAAAGACGUCCUGACUGCUGUCAUCACCCGGAGGAAGGCUUAUAGGUUACGAGAUGGUCGAUUCCCGCACGCCUUUGGCAGCGAUGUGACACCGCAGCCGUAUCUGAAAAACAGCCUUGCCGCUUACCACAGUGUUACGGAAUGUCCCCCUCCAAGUGCUUCCUUUGUCACUGGGCCGCCACCUCAAGUGUCCCCUGAUGAGGUAGAGCAGCAAGCUGUACACUUGUUGGCUUGUUCUGCUGGUACUCUCCCUGCUUCCCUCCCUCCGAUAAACAUGUUUGAUCUCCUGGAGGCUUUACAGGUCCACCACGGUGUGAUGCCCUCCCACACUAUGUACGCCCUGAACAUGGAGCGCAUCCUGUCACGGCUCUGGCACCCCAGCCACGAAGAGCUUGAGCAGGACCACGUACACCGGCAGCGCCUCGCCGCCAAAGAGGGCCUGCUCGUCAGCUGAGACCCUCUGAUGCUGUAUGUGAACCAGGGAAACCAAAUGCGAAGAUUACCCCGAACGUGGACAUGCGUGGGGGCCAGUGUAUCUUGAAAAAACUGAAUACAUUUAUUCAUAAUACCUGGAGCCGCACCUCCCUGUUGCACAAAGAUUCAGCUCAUGAGUCGAGCAAGAUUUAACUGGAUAUUUGGACAUUGUACACAGAGCGGGCAGUCCGCCGCCACCAGCCAAAAGAUGGAAAAUUAUUAUUUUGUCCAUCAACCAACCAUCAUUGGAACUGUUGUUAUUUAGUGUUUUCUUUUGGUAAACUGUUGAAAGCAUUUCAUUUUAGGGCGAUAACAGCGGAUGGAGCACUGGACAGAAAAGUAAGUACUUAUUUGGACAAUUUUUAGGUUUUGGUGUCUGAUACGCAUCUCAACUAUUCAAAUAUGUCCAGAACAGUCUAUAUCCAAUGUGUCUAACUAAAAAUGACACACUGGUCUCCGGGUUCAUCCAGCCUUGACUCAAGGGGAAGCUGGGGACAGGGUGAUUCAUGAAUAAAAAGUUGUCCACCUUCAAAAGGUACAAUAGAAAAUACCAGCCGCUGUCCGCAUCUGAUCCUGAGGGUAAGGGUGGGUUUACGGUGGGUGCAGGGUCCUUUUGAAAUGUGCCGGACAGCUGCGUCCUGUGUCACCACGCCCCUCGUGAACAGACCUCGAAUCUGCCACCGCCGUAUUCCUAAAACAUUUACUGCAUUCUGUCUAGUUCAUUGUUGGUGGUCCACAACAUGUGUAACUAAAGCCUUUGUGUGUCGGUGCACCUGAAUAUCUGUUUUUGUGUAGCAUUUUGUUC